AUGGCCGAACUUGACCUCGUCCGUCCAUCAACGUCGUACUCCGGCACCUCGGGUUCUCAGAGGAGGUUUCUUCUCUCGAGCCCGGGGCGGCCUCGUACUGCGUCCGGACUCGGCGAUUCUAAAUCCAAAUCGACACCACCAGCCGCCUUAUCUGUAAAAGUCACGAUCAAGUUUCAACCAUCACUCGACCUCACAUACGAGAGGCAAUACCAGGCCUCCCACGACUUCACGCCGACGGAUCAAAUAUGUUAUGCUCUCCUCCGUCGCCUAACACACUGCUCUGACGAGCUGCUCACCCGCAGAGACUCGACUGCUCUCGAGCAGACCAUUCCCCAGAUUGGUGAUGGCAAGCCUCUGCGGUUCGAGCUAAUCUAUCAGAUUUACAGAGGAGGACCGGAGCCAUGGGCCACCAAGUCCUUCAAAUCGUAUCAAAAAUACCCUCUGGAUAAGUCGACCGCAAUGGAGGUCGCCCGUUCCACUGACCGUAUCGUCGGCUCUUUCCUGAAGCUUCACGAUAGAUCUUUCAGGUGGACACACGGCAGGAUACGCGAACGAUCGGGAAGCGAUUUGGAGCUCCUCAAGCCUUUGAGCAACCCAGUAUCUCUUCUUCACAUCCCACAGUCACGUUUCAUCGAUGCUACCCAGAACUGGGAGUUCAUCCCCGGCUACGAGAUCACCCUGCACUUCCGGAGUCGAUGCAAGUCUCGUAGACAGAGGGAAUGGGAACGCACCAUCACCCUCCAGAGCACACAGAGUUCCCCACUAACCUUGUCACAUGGCGAGGACAUGGCCUGGGUUUUAUCAACAGCUAUGCAACGGUCUUUGGAUUCCAGGAAAAUGGCUUUCGACAGACAACAUCGGUCAUGCAACCGAUAUGAUUUCCUAGAAGAAUGCCACCACUCCGAGCAGAAUGCAGUCCAUGUCAGCUUCCAAAUUCGGAAUCAGCUAGGCCUGGACCACAGACAUCUCCGUCGCGAGAUCGAUAGCAACCUGCUUCUUUUCCAGGAUCCUGAUGGACAGGAUUGCCAACAGUUUGUUAAUCAACUUGAGCAUGCGUUCACCGCAGUUCGGGAUGAUACUGAUAAAGAGUUGACAGAGAUGGACGACCUUCGUCUCACAGUUUACGAAUUAUCUGGCCGAGGCUGGAAAGCAGAGAAGCCCUUCGCCAUCUGUCUCGACUCAACCGCCUGCUACUCUCGGAGGACAAUCAAAGCCAUCUUGGACCGAGUUCAGACUGGAGUCGCAGAUAUCCUUGGCGGUAACGACAUGAGUAUCACUCUCAUGGUUCACAAGCGUGGCCAUUUGGUUUUGGACAAAACUCUCGUGGCCCGUUCGCCAUACUAUGCCACGGGACAACGCCAAGGCGAAGAUCCCGAGACUGUGAAGGAUUUGUUCUUAACAAAACUCAAGGAACGAAUCCGAUCCGACAUUUCCAUGGUGGUCAAAGACACGUGCUCGUUGUCCGACUCCGAACCCCAGAAUAUCCGAGUCAUCGAGCGUCCCGUUCCUGCAGCGAAUGACCCUGCUGAAAUGGAAGCUUUGCCGUCAAGCAGUCCGCUCUCGAUCCCGACGCCGACUGGGCCCGUGCCGGAUUCUUUCGAUGGCAGUUCCAACGAACCGUCCGAACCUUUGGCACAAGGUGAAACGCUUCAGGAUGGUGCUUGGGUUGAAACGAUGGCCGACGGCGUCAUAGGCCCCGUGGGGCAGACGCAACAGCCUGAAACCCCAGUUAAAGCACCAAAGAAGGAUCAAUUCGACGAACGCAGCAGUUUUUCUUUCGACUUAUCAGAGGAUAUACUAUCCACAUACCGUUCAUCUUCUUCGUCAACUCCAAGCCUUGUCGACGGCGAUAUUGGUACGCCCCGCGAUAGUCUGCUGGUUACGCCCACCUUCUUGCGAACAUCAUCGGGUCGUCCUCAGCCCUUUGAUGCGAACCCAAACAUUGCGGGUUCCGAGACGUCCGACAGCGAGCUAAUUGAGGAUUCAGUUCUAGGAGAUUCUACCCCGACAAUGACGCGCUUCAAUGGACCACGACAGUUCAACCUUUUUGGAAAGGGCGCCCAUUCAGUAUCGCGGCAGUCUCUCGUAUCAACCGAAUAUGAAGCUGAGAGCCGAUCGUUGGCCGGAUCCGAGCAUGCUCCCGAACCCGAACGUGAUGACGCCCACCUGCAGAAGUCAGAGUUGACGUUGGCAAACGACAUGCCAUCUUCCAAGUUGGUCGAAUCCCAACAAGAAGUCGCUGCUCACGAACCCACUUUGGAGGGUUGGCUGGAGUAUUGUUGCGUGCCAGUCGACGAGGAAGAGUCGGAGAAUUCGGCUGAACAAUCGACUGCAAACCUUGAGCCCAAGGAGUCAUACACGGAAGAGCCUAUGAUUGUUGUCACUCCCGAACAAGCGCAGAUACCGCCGGAACUGCCUCCCCGUCCCUGCGAGGGAUUUCUGGAAUACACCAUCGAGACCAUCGUCGAGGAAGAUGAAGAAGACUCAGACGCCGAAUAUCACGAUGCUGAUUCUAUCGCUCCAGCAGUGAUCGUCUCCAGUCCUUCGAGCUUCGCUACUGCCGCUGAGACUGGUCUUAACUCUCCCAUUAGCCUCGACUUUGCGGCUUCUCCCAACUUCGAUAUGGACAAGACCGCAACGGCAACAAAUACGACUAAUAUCUCCGGAUUAGCUUCGCCUCUCGCACUGGAAGCUGUCUCCACACCACUCGAAGUGGAAGUGACGGAGGCCGAACCGGUUGUUGAGGAGGCAGCUUCAAACUGCGUCUCGACCGCUCCGGUCGUUGCCUGUACGUCCUCACCUAACACGGUUGAGCCUACUCCAACCCCACUUGCUUCUGAGAGCGCCGAGCCCCUUCCUACCACCGAAGCAGAAGAGUCUCCUUUGUUCUCUACCGAACCUUGCGAGCCGAGACUUGACCCCUCCUCCGAGGUUCAUCGAGGCCCAUCCUUCCUCGUUUUGAACGAAGCGCCCUCUGUCUCGUCGGAUGUUCCUCACACGCCGACAUCAGAAUCGGCUCCUUCGUUCAGUGACAGGGAUGAGCCUCGCGAACCGACUACCCCUCCACUGAUGACAGAGACUGAAGACUCGGACUAUUCAGAGCCUUCCGAAGAGCCUUCCGAACCAUCUGUGCCCUUCCCCGAUCUCGCCGUCGAGACUGUCGACCACGACGAGUCGAAGUCAUUAGCUGUGUGGGCGCCGUCAAGAGCUUCUUUCAUUGCCGACGACGUCAUCGACAAUUAUUUCGGUCCAAACCGAAAGAUGUCUAUCCCGAGGUCACUGUACAUGCGGCCAAACUCGAGUAUGACGUCCUUGAGCGGGCCUUUUUCGCACAAGCGUCAGUUCUCCUCGCCAACUGCAGGACUCUUCGGCAUUCAUGAGCCGAAUCGGCUUGACAUUGGACUUCGCGGUGCCCUCUUCGGGCUGGCCAGGUUGCGGAAGCAGGGCAAGCUCGAGCGAAGUAAUUCACAAGUUCUGUUGAAGCUGGAGAACAACAAGGGUAUGGUCAUCGUACCGGGUAGCCAUAGCAAUCCAGGCAGUCGCCGCAAUAGCGAUGCUAGAGGAAUCGGUGGUGCUGGUGUGUUGGGUCUGGGAAGUGCUUAUGCCUUCUAA